AUGCAUGCAGGGGCAGCUGCAGGGCCGCCAAGGCUGGGCAACGCCGAAAGAGUGCGGCUGGUGGCUCAUUGCAACGACAAAGCGCCACUGGAGGAGAACAGGCAGCAGGUGCUGCUGGAGCUCACCGACACAUCUUCCACUGCCGAACGAUCCGGGCUGGACCUCGUGGCUGUCCUGGACGUCAGUGGAAGCAUGCGGGGCUGGAAGCUGGAGAAGCUGAAGACGGCCAUGAAGUUUGUCAUCAGCAAGCUCAGCCCCAUAGACCGCCUCUCCAUCGUCUCCUUCUCCACCGAGGCCAAGAGGCUGUUCCACCUGCGCUCCAUGACGGAGGCCACCAAGGCAGAGCUGACGGACAUGGUCGAAAAUCGUCUGAAUGCCAGCGGAUCCACCAACAUGGAGGCCGGCCUCGAGACCGGCCUCAAGGUGCUCGGCGGCCGCCAGCACAAAGGGGGCCGCCGCGUGGCCGCCAUCGUUCUCAUGUCCGAUGGCCAGCAGGGCCCUGGCGAUGCUACUGUUGUCCCAAUUGACGACGAUGUGGGGGCUGUCUACACGUUCGGUUUUGGUGCAGACCAGGACUCCAAGGUGCUGGAGGCGAUUGCGAGAAACAGCCAUGGAGGAACGUUCUAUGACGUCGGGGACGGGGAGAGCCUUGCCGUUCAUUUCUCGCAGAUCAUGGCCGGCCUCCUCAGCGUCGUGGUCCAGGACCUCCAGCUCACCGUGUGGGAAACCACAGGCCACUCCAGGAUAGACGACAACAGGGUGGACGCCGGGUGCUACCCCAAGGACACCGACAACCGUGCCCGCUCGGUCACAGUAACAUUCGGCUAUCUCUACAGCGGGGAAGUGCGCAAGGUUAUGGUUGACCUCCUUCUCCCUGCAGUCCAACGAGAUACGCAAGGAAGAGUCUACUACUCCCCUCGCGAUCGCCUGAGAUGCUUUAUACGCCGCACCGGAUCUGCCAGCCCGUACGCCAAGACACUGGAGGUGAAGGCCGAGCUGGUCCGUCGCCGCCAUUCAAAGAUAUUGGAGGAGGCAAGUGGGAUGAACGAGGACCUGCACGGCGCUCGCCGCAAGUUGCUGGAGGCUCAGGUGGCACUGGACGCUGAGCCGUCGUCGCACCCUUUGUUCGCCAUCCUCAAGGCCGAGCUGGAGAAGCUCCUCACGCUGACAACGUGGAAGGAGCUCCUCGCCUGCCUGCUGGCGUCCGUGAGGUCGCACCUUACCCAGCGCUACGCGGGGAGGCACGACGUCAGCGUACGGAUAUUCGCCACGGAGCGCAUGGAAACGUACAUGGAUCAGGCAAGCAAGUUUGAGGAGGACCCCGACAAGCUGCCGCCAUCGGUGGACGACGACGUCCAGGCGGAGGCAGAGAUGGUCAAGAGGACAUGGGUGCCGCAACGGUCACCGGAGCAACGGGGGACCUCGAGGAUAUGGGCGGGGUCGCGUGAGCGCAGCAGCUCCGGCUGGGCGUGGGCGACGGUCCUCGCGUGCACGGCGCUGGCCGUCGGCGUCAUCCUGGCCGGCGUCGCGGUGUUCGCCGUGUACCUCCUCUACAGGCCCAGCAUGCCGUACCUGGCGGUCUCCGACGCGCACCUGGAACGGCUGGAGUACGGCCAGGACGGCGCCAUAGACUACCUUCAGGCGUCCAUCACCGUUCUGGCCGUGAACAACAACUCCAAGACCGACGCCUCCUUCUCCAGCAUGGACCUCGUCCUGGGGUUCCACGGCGCCGACGUGGCGCUCCUGCGGGCGCAGCCGUUCGUGGUGCCGCGAGAGAGCUCGCUGCCGCUGCUGUACCGUGUCGUGUCGGCGGGGCGGGCGCUGGAUGCUGCCGGGAUGCAGGCAAUGGACGAGGCGCUCAAGGCGGGCGUGGUGCCGUUCGACCUGUUCGGCAAGGCGCGCACGCGGUGGAAGGUGGGAGUCUUUGCCAACCUCCGGUUUUGGAUGCGCAUCUCCUGCCGCCUCCGCUUCUUCUUCCCCAGUAACGGCACUGUCAUGCCAACCGAUCGGGACAAAUGCCGCUCAAGGUAG